GCGCAUGCGCUCUGGCGGGCCGUGCCAUAUUGGAAUGAGGCAGUGAGCGGAGCGCCGGGGAGCCGGAGCCCCGGCAGCGGCGCAGGGCUGGAAAAACUCCCCGCAGGUUUUUUUCAGGAUCCCUUCUUGAAUGUCCUGAUUACCAGCAGAAUCAAGGGCAGGAGGCAGCUCAUGACCACCAAACCGUGACAGCUCAGAUUCCCCUGCUUCUGGCUGCCUGAAAUAACCACUGGGCUACUGUGGAGAUGAAUGGAGAACAGCAGUAUGAUGCAGAUGCUGGUUCCAGUACAGAAGAAAUGGAAUUCAACUGGGAUGAGUAUCUAGAAGACACCGGAGCAACUGCAGCCCCCCAUGGAUCUUUUAAACAUGUGGAUACAAGUUUGCAGAAUGGUUUUGCCCCUGGUAUGAAGCUGGAAGUCGCUGUCAAGUCUGACCAAAACACCUACUGGGUAGCCACCAUCAUUACCACCUGUGGGCAGCUGCUCCUGUUACGCUACGAUGGCUAUGGGGAAGACCGCAAGGCUGACUUUUGGUGUGAUAUCAUGACAGCUGAUUUACACCCCAUCGGCUGGUGUGAGCAGAACAAAAAGAUUCUCAAAGUGCCUGAAGGUAUCAAGGACAAGAUACCUGACCAGGAGGAAUUCCUUCGGCGGGUGCUGAAAGGAGCAUGCAGUGCUCCUGCUAACUUGCUGGAGGGGCUUCACAGAGGGAAAAAUCCAUUGGAUCUUAUUGCACCUGGCUCCCGGCUAGAGCUCCAAAACCUCCGAGAUGCCUUGGAAGCCUGGAUAGUCAACGUGGUAGAGAAUGUUGGUGGCAGACUUAAGCUGCGCUAUGAAGGCCUGGAGGACUCUGACAAAUUCGACCAGUGGCUAUUCUACCUGGACCCUUUUCUUCACCAAGUGGGGUGGGCAGAUCAACAUGGAUAUAGCCUGCAACCACCUUCAGCCAUUAGGUCCCUAAAAAGUGAAGCAGAUUGGCAAGAGAUUCUGAAGAAGGUGAAAGAGGAGGAAGAGGAGUCAUCAAUUCCUACAGAUCUCUUUAAAGAUAAACCUGUGAUUGGAGUGCAUUCAUUCUCUGAAGGCAUGAAGUUAGAAGCUGUGGACCCACUGGCUCCUUUUGUAAUCUCUCCAGCUACAGUUCUCAAGGUGUACAAUGAAAGGUACUUCAUGAUAGAAAUUGAUGACUUGAGACCGGACCGUACAACCAGGCAGUCUUACAUUUGUCAUGUCAACAGUGCUGGCAUUUUCCCUGUGCAGUGGAGCCUGAAGAAUGGCCUGCAUCUCAGCCCCCCACCAGGUUACCCUGGGCAGGACUUUGAUUGGGCAGACUACCUCAAACAGUGUGGUGCUGAGGCAGCUCCCCAGAGCUGCUUUCCUUCGUUGACUUCUGACCAUGGGUUUAAAGAGAAUAUGAAACUUGAGGCUGUGAACCCAGUUGAUCCAGAAGAAGUUUGCAUUGCUACAGUCACGAAGUUAAAAGAUUCCUACCUCUGGCUUCAGCUGGAGGGCUCCAAGAAGCCCAUCCCUGACUGUAUAGUGAGUGUGGAAUCAAUGAAUAUCUUCCCAGUGGGUUGGUGUGAGACGAAUGGAUAUCAGCUGAGACCUCCUCGCAAAGCAAUAGUAAACAAGCAGAAAAAAAUUGCAGUAGUUCAACCAGAGAAGCAAAUUUUAUCUUCAAGAACAGUUCAUGAUGGACUAAAGAACCAAGAACUGAACUCUUCUGACUCAGUGGUCAUUAAUGGGAAGUACUGCUGCCCAAAGAUCUACUUCAACCACCGCUGCUUCUCAGGGCCUUACCUUAACAAAGGCAGGAUUGCAGAGCUUCCUCAGUCUGUAGGACCUGGCAACUGUGUUCUUGUUCUGAAAGAGGUUCUCACUCUAUUGAUCAACGCAGCUUACAAACCAAGCCGUGUCCUGCGAGAGCUGCAGCUGGAUGAAGAGGCUGCAUGGCAUGGGCAUGGAGAGACCCUAAAAGCCAAGUACAAAGGCAAGAGCUACCGUGCAACUGUGGAAGUUGUGAGGACAGCAGAUCGAGUGGCAGACUUCUGUAGGAAAACAUGCAUCAAGUUAGAAUGUUGUCCAAACCUCUUUGGCCCGCAGAUGGUGCUGGAUAAGUGUUCAGAGAACUGCUCCGUCCUGACAAAGACUAAAUACACGCACUAUUACGGAAAGCGGAAAAACAAGCGGAUAGGUAGGCCUCCGGGUGGCCACAGCAACCUGGAAGUAGCCAUGAAGAAACCAAAUAAAAGACGAAAGAGACGAAAAAAUUUUUUUGUUCAUAAGAAAAAACGUUCUUCUACUUCAGUGGAUAACACUCCAGCGGGAUCUCCCCAGGGCAGUGGGGCAGAAGAGGAGGAUGACCAGGAUGAGGUAGAUGAAGAGUCUCUGUCUGAAGAUAGUACCUCAGAGCACCCAGAUGAAUUGCUUGAGGAAUCAGAAGUGUCAGAGAAGAAAUCGGUGUCGUCCUCUCCUACACAGAGUGAACUGUCUCAUUCUCUGGCUCAGGACCGAGACAAGCGGAAGAGGAAGCUCAGGACCUUUUCCUUUUCUGAUGAUGAGAAUAAACCUCCUUCACCAAAGGAAAUGAAGGUGGAAGCUGCUGAAAAGCUGCAGCUGGACAGUAACCCUCUGGACUGGAGCGUGGCUGAUGUUGUACGAUUCCUCAAAUCCACUGACUGUGCACCACUGGCAAGAAUUUUCCUUGAUCAGGAAAUCGAUGGCCAGGCACUGCUGCUGCUGACCCUGCCCACCGUUCAGGAGUGUAUGGACUUGAAGCUUGGGCCAGCUAUUAAACUUUGCCAUCACAUUGAGAGGGUCAAACUUGCCUUUUACCAGCAGUUUGCUAACUGAGGAGCAGCCAAGUUGAUGUGGACCUUUGAAGCACAACUACAAGAACAUGCUCCCUUCUCUCCAGCCAGAAAAGCCAAAUAAAGUUAAACUGAGGCCCUGGUGACCUGAGAGCAUCUGUCGGCCUCAGCUUUUCACUUCAACAAGGGGAAGACGACAUCUGGAGCAAAAUGCCAAUGCAAACACAGGGGCUACUCUACCAGCUGCCAGCUUGGGAACACAAUAGUCUCUUGCUCUAUGGUUCCCUUUUUUUAAUGUAUUUUUUACUGAUUACAGAAAAGUCUCCUCUGGUGGGAAAUGACAUUUCGAUAGUUCUGUUGGCACAGAACUUUAAAAGCGGAAGCAGAUCCUGUUUACGUUAGCAUGUAGGCUGCCAGAAAUAACCUUUCUCUGCUCCUGGUGAUUCACAGAAUCCCCUUCCCUCCCUGUGGACGAACACUUGCUCUUACCACAGCACUGGCUUUGGAAUGUGCUUUUUGCACAUUCGUGCGUUAAUGUUGAUUUGUUCAUUGUUAGGACAACAAUGUGGCCACAGGGUUCUGAAUGUACAGUACAGCAAGAGUGUGGUUCCAUUUGGAGUUUCUUUCUUUAUUUUGGGUUUUGUUUCAUUUUUGUUGGGGUUUUCUUUCAGUUUGGUUUUACUACCUGUGUAGCCUGAAUAAUAGAAGCGAUGAACUAAAAAGGGAGGGGAUCUGCUCUUUCUGGACUAGUCAUCUGUCACUGCCACUGCACAGCAGUUUCUCUUCUGUAGGGACGUCAGUAGUACAAACCAGUGUCAGCACACAGAGCUUCUCUGCCAGAGCUUUAGCUGGAACCUGUGUAGGCUUAACCUGGAUGUUACCAUUUUCUCAGCUGUCAGAAAAUGUAAUUGUUUUGCACUUCUCUUACAGGUGGACUGUAGGAAAAAAGGAGGGAAAGAGAAAGUGGCUUUUCAUUUUUUAUAUUUUGGUUGUCAGAGAAUUGUGGUUUUUUAUUAAUUGUGUAAAGUUAUUUCUCUUUUAUUACAGCAUCAGCUGAUUUUUGUUUUGCUGCCUGAACAUGUUUUUAGAGAACAAACUGAGGAAACUACCAUCAAUUGAGGACUGCAAUUUAGUUCUAUCAGUGGAAACUGUCUUAUGAACACAACUUUGUAUUUUUAACUAUUUACAGCUGCUCAAGGUCAAGACUAGAUGAAAAUGAGAUUGGGUGGGAUGAGAGUUGUGUGCUUUGGGUUUGGAGUUUUGUUUGUUCGUUUCAUUCUGUUUUUAACCAGAGGAAAGAAAAAGGGACAGAGAGACAUCUAGUUUCAUCAGUAGGCCCACAGUAGGAGGAACUGCUGAUUUUAAUUUUCCAGGGUAAUAAAAUCCUAUCAGCCACUUGCUUUACACUAAGUAUCAGGACUUACAUUACUUUCCAUUAAAGAAGUGAGGAAAUUUGCAUCAAGCUCAAGAUCUGCAUCAAAUAAGCGUUAGGUUUCAGGUGGUUUGCAUUCAUUCACACUGCCUGUCUCAGAGUAUUUGGAGGAGCCUAAGCAGAAACUUGAUGUGUGCAGCCCUAGUCCUUUAUUUCCUAUUCAGACAUGUUUUUGCACAAGAGCAGACUGCCCCGGCAUGCUAAGGUGUUGGAGGUAGGAGAGGGCUCACUUGCCAGUAUUUUAGGAAAGAGAUGUUUUGUGGCUGAUGAUAAACACUUGUUACUCUGAUCAGAUGGAUUGGUUCAGCAUCUCUUAGGCUAAUGUGACCCAUUAUUUUGAUGCUGUGAGAUGUAGGAUUCAGUGAGGAGGUAGUUUCUAAACUAAGAGCUGAGUUUGCACAGUCUGUGUGUGUAUCUGCCACAUAGGUGUUGAGGGGGAGUUAUCUCCAAUGAAAACUGAAAUAGGCAGAGCUGAAGAACUGAGGGUUUUCCUUUGCUCCUUCAAAUAACUGCCUAGUCAAGGCAGAGCUAUUUGCAGAAGUGCUAAAAUCAGAUUUAUAUUUUUCCAUUCCAGAAUCAAAAUGACAAUGUCAGGCUGUUUACUAGUUGAGUAUUCGUGAGGGAGGCCAGUGUGUAGCUAGGACAAUUUUUUUUUCCUCCCAAGUUGUAAGCAGUCUGAAAACAUAAUUAAAUUGAAAUUAAAGUGCCCCUUUUGUUUCUCACACCAGACACGUGGCCAAUAAAUGGAUGUUUUGGCUCUUCACACUGUGCUUAGGUAAUCUGGCUGUGCUCCAUUCCCUAAGGGCAAGCUCAGUGAUAUGCCAUUAGGCCUGAAAAAAAAAUUGGAAGCAACAGUGCUGCUUUGUUGUCAGUGUCUUCUCUUGAGACAUUCGACCAGCAGAGAACUUGUGCACUGGAAGAUGAUGCUCUUGAAUCUAGUUCUCCAGGAUUUGCAGAAUUCUAUUACACUGAUGCCCAGCAGAAUUGACUUGUACAGCCAAGAAAUGUUGCUUCCACCUUUUCCCAUGGACAGAUAGGUGUCUUUCUGAGCAGUUGUCAGGAGAGAACAGAGCUUAAAGGGUAAUUUAGUGAACCUGUUAACAUGGUGCCUAGGGUUUUAAAUACAAACGUCAUACUUCUUUUCCUCAGUAAAUAAAGCAGUCAGCAGUUUCAGAGAUGAGUGGGAUACUUACUGGUCACCUUUGGCAUGUUUUAUAGGCUGGAUUUUUCUGCCUUGUUUUGGGAGGCACUGACAGUCUGGUCCCAAUGGGAUCUAUUUUUGUUGAGAUUUUCAAAAGAAAUGUUUUCAUUAUUUGUGAAAUGUUUUUAUGCUGCACAUGGGUACUGUACACUCUGUUUCCUGGAAAAAAUGCACUCUGUUUUAUUGCUGGAUUUAAAAGGGAUAAUUGGGGCUUUGUCUUGAUGGAUGGUGUUUCUACUUGACUGUGUUUCAAGUUCCUCUUUCUCUAUGUGUGGCAGAUGACACAACUGCACUUAAAUUUCUUCAUCUUACUCCAACACAGCUUGAAGUCAGCUGUUCCAGUUGCUCUGUUUAAUUAAAACUGGAUUUUGGGUA